AUGCAGCAGCGUAAAAUCAAGAGAAAAGAGCUGGAGAGACGGACGAACACGAAAUGUUUCACGAUCGGACUCCAACAGGCGACGAAGAGCUCACAGUGCUGGCGAAAGAUUUAUUUGGUAAAGCAAUAAAGCUGGGCAAGUUUCCGCCUAGGCUCUUCGAAUGCUUUUUGAGGCCUGGACGUUUGACCCACUUGCAAUUAUCUGAUCGGAUUCAAUCUUUGCAGAAUUCUUGGACAUGAAUUUAAGUAUUUUGGCUCCAAAUUUCAGACUGGUCGGAUCAUCUGGCACCGAGAUAUACUGAUUUGAAGCCGAAAAUACCGCAGUUUUGCAAUAACCCGGCCUUUUCGGCCUCCGAUCUACAUAUCUCGGGACUGGAUAAUCGGAUCGGUCUCAAACUGGGACCCAAUAUACUUCAAUCCAAGUCCAAGAAAUUUGCAAAGUUUGAGCUCGAUCGGAAAAGUCCAGCCUACGGCAGGUCUUCAGAAAGCCGGGGCCGGCCUUUUGCCCAUCCCUGAAAAAAAGUAAAAUUAUUUCAUUGCAAUUAUCAUUAAAUUUCAAGGCGGACAAAACGAAAUUCGUGUUCCAAAACGAAACGCGACAACUGAUCGGGAAUCGGAGCGCGAUGGCGGUGGUGUCGGAAAUUUCGAAAGUGAUUUAUCGCGCGUGCAUUCAAAACCUCGCCUGGGUUCGGUAAGUUUUGACCCAAUUUUCAGAGAAAAAUCUGGAAAAAGCACAGCUGUUCGUGCUCAAUUUUUCCAUUUCAUCUAAAAAAUUUUCAGCAACCAAAUGCAAGCGCAACACUCUGGAUUCCUGGAUACUCAUCAAAUUUUGCUAGUUUUCCACGAAUUUGCGGCGAACAUUUUGAACGGAAAACUGUGGAACAAGCACGAAUUCGAGUUCUAUCAUCCCACAAUGGUCAGUUUUUUUCAAAAUGUUCGAAAACAAUUAUUGUCUUACAGAUGGAGCCGCUCAUUUGGGCCUUCGAGGCGAUGACGAAAAUUUCGGUGCCGUACACGUCGAUCCGGGCGGUCCGAAGUACUGAAUUUCAUUUUAGUUUUUGCAGAAAUUUUCCGUAUUAUCUAUUAUUCUGGAAAUCUCCCCAGGCCUGGGCAAUUGGCCGGCUCAAAAUUCUAGGGGAGAAAAACCAAUAUUUUUCAGUUUUGUCCCUGAAAUUCCGUCAGUUCUUCCGCUCGCUGGGCGUAAAACUGACGCCGCUGGCGAUUUUCGGCCUCGUGACCCAACUGAUCUGCUUCAUUUCGACCAUUUGUCUGGACAUGAUCAGUCAGUAUCUGCAGAUUCAUAUUGACGGGAUGAACGUGGUGAUUAUUGGGUAUCGCGACGAUUUUUACAAGUACUGGAACGAUUGGGACUAUUUGGAAGUGCCCAAAAGUUGGUUUUUUGUGAACAUCAAGAAAAAUUGCAAUUUCUCUUCAGGCUACUAUGAAUUUUGUCGUCUGAACGGACUCACCUCGUUCCGAGAGACUGGAUUCAUUCGGGAUCCGUACAAGUCGACCGUCUGGCAUCAGGUACCAAGAUAAUCAUUUUUUGAAGUCUAGAAAAUUGACUUUCAGAUUCUUUACUCUGAAUACUUUCAUCUGAUGAGCCACGUGUUCGAUUUCACGCUGAUCAAAAAAAUUCCGCAUCCGACGGUGCUCCUUCUCCAGUCGUUCCUUGUCCGAUUACAAAUUCGAAUGAGAAAUUAUGUGGUGGAGGAUCGGCUGAAGUUUGCCGCUUCCUCAAAUUUGUUAUCAAUCCCGUAAAAUUUAGAAAGCUGUGCGAUACGAUUUUCAACGUUUCCGAAAGAACGGAGCCGCCCUUUUACAAGGAAUCGAUCCGGAAGGAGGACGCGCAGCAGAGAAUGGCCGAACUCGUCGGAACGGUGCUCGGCGAGCUGCUCGUCGACGACGAAAUGGGCAUUUCGCUGUUUUGCGAGGCAUGGGUACGGAUGGAAGAUUCGCUGCCUUUGACAAAUAUAGGCGCUGUUUUUAAUAAUUUAGUCGCUGAUUUCGAGGCUACAACGUAAUAGAACUCGCACAGAAAAGGACUGUUACGAUAUAGAACUCGCUGUUGUUUUUUAACGUUUUUUAACGGCGGGGUUAUUCAGGCUGUGCAAAAAAUUAUUUUUUCCGUUUUUUUUUCCUUUUUUUACGUCAAAAAAUCCAAUUCAGCGAUGUAAAAAAACGGGAAAAAAAAACGGAAAAAAAGCCUACUGAUUUCCACAUUUUGGUCGCUGCUAACUCUAAUUCUAUUUUUGAAGAACAUCCGAGCAGCCACUAGCAAUUGUGGAUUUUUGCAAAAUUGUUUUUUGUUUAGAAAACGUACACAUUGACAAUGUGCAAAAAGACGGACGUGCUGAUCGAAUUCAAAAAGUUUGGAAAAAUCGCCAAAGAAAGUUGGUUGUUUUUUCUUCUAUGAAACUAUUGCAUACUCUCUUUUCAGUCAACGACGAAACGUACCGAACGCUGGUCGGUUUGGAGAUGAACUCGGACCAGAACAAGUGCGUUUUCCUGUUCAUGUUCGCCCAGCUGCUCCGAUUUGUGCUCCGAUUCGCGAUGCACACUGUCAGGUUGGCGUUCUUCUUUGUUCAUUUGAAAAACAUCGAGAAAAAAUUGCAGAAUGGCUCUGCGAGUGACGGUCGAGGAUAGACGAAUUUCUCAUUUGCGGUACACUGGCCGAAUAGAAAUCGGACCGCGCGAUUUCGGAAAAAUGGACGAAAGAGCGCUGGCGAUGGCUCAGGUUCCGCCCAAACAAAGUAUUAUCUUUUUCCUAUUAUGCUUCGUUAAAAUUCAAUUUUUUCAGCGCACUACUACUUCCAAAGUCCCGAAUAUUGA